CUUCACCUUUUAUCUUUUUCUUUCUUAUAUAAACCCAAAGCAGCCAGAUAUGUUUUUGAUAUUGUACACUCGUUUUUGGGCAUAAGAAAAGGGCUUGAUUCACAAAACGCCACACACCCCAAAGGAAUUCGGUUAGGUAUAUUUGUCUGUGGCGAUGGCGGUGGCUGCCGGGGAGGUUUUUGCUUCUGGGUCUCAGGAGUUGCAUGUUCUUGCCGUGGAUGAUAGCAACGCCGAUAGAAAGAUCAUCGAGAGAUUGCUGAAGAUAUCAUCUUGUAAAGUGACGGCUGUGGAGAGUGGAACAAGGGCCUUGCAGUUUCUAGGAUUGGAUGGAGAGAAACACUCUUUGGGGUACAAUGGUUUGAAGGUGAAUCUGAUAAUGACUGACUAUUCCAUGCCUGGGAUGACAGGAUAUGAGCUUCUGAAAAAGAUCAAGAACAUCCUGACUCGCAUUGAUAGAUGCUUGGAAGAAGGGGCAGAGGAGUUUCUUGUGAAGCCGGUAAAACUAUCAGAUGUGAAACGGUUGAAAGAAUUCAUUCUUAAAGGAGAAGCAGAGGGAAGUGGAGAAAGAAGAGUUUGCAAAAGAAAUCUUGAAGAUGAUAGCCAUUGUUCCUCCUCGUCGUUGUCCUCCCCAUCAUCUUCAUCAUCAUUGCCUUCGUCGUCACCGACACACAAAGAGGCAUGUGAUGAUGAUCUAGCAGCCUCAGAGCCAUACUCACCAACAUCACCUCUGCAUCCAUCAAAGAGGCAUAAAUGGCUUAACAGAGACUGAUUCAACUAAAUCAACUACUUCCAGAAAAUUCUUUUGUUUCUAUAUUGUCUAUAUAUAUCCUCACAGUUUUUGCAGUAUAGGGUGGGACAGAAGAUAAUUUUGUUAAAUGUAAGUUGCACUUACACUGGCCUAAGUAAAUGCUAACAGGAAGAACUAGCUAGGACCAGAUAGAUACAACAGAUGUUCCUUUUUUGUUGCUGCUUUAUGUUCCUUGUACCCUGUAGGAACUGAAGUUUCAUGAGAAUCAAUGAAAUUCCAAAUAUUUG